CAAAAGAAAAAGUUAUGUAUGAAAAAGAAGCAAAACAGCACGAAGAAAAGAUUGAAAAAAUGAAAGCUGAAGCAUGUGAUGAUUAUGGAAUUAAGAAGCAGAUUGAGAUCUUACAAGAGUCACGAAUGAUGAUUCCAGACUGCCAGCGCAGAUUAGAAGUUGCAUAUGCAGAUCUUACUCAACUACUAGAAAAUGAAAAAGAAUUGCAAGAAGCAGAAGAGUAUAAAGAAGCAUGUUCUAUACUAGAGUCAGUGAAGCUGGAAGCCUAGAAGUUUUUCAGCACUCUCUUUAUAUGCAUUUAGUACUGGGUCCAUUCCACACUUUCAUUUGACUAUGGCUCUAUUGCUAUUGUUGUCUUGCUAAGGUUCUCUUUAUGCAAACUGGCCUUUCUCUAACUGCUAGAUGCAUCAAAUAAAGGAUGUUCUGAAACACCUGUGUGUUCCAUAUUCAGGCAAAGUAGAAACAUUUCCAGUUCACCUCAGUUACAAAAAGGAAAAAAAUAAACCCUAUUUAAUGUAAGCAUAAUAGCUAAUAUACAUAACUUAAUCUGAACAAUUCAGGUUAAGAAAGUUUAGCUAUCUAAGGAAUGUGAGGGACCAAUAAAUACUU